CUGUGACUCUCUUGUGGAAAGAACGACUUACUAGAGCGUCAAGAUGUUCUGUAAAUCCAUAGUGAUGAUGGUGGUGAUGGUGGUGGUGAUGGCUGGCCUCAUGGUGACUGUCUUAGCCAAUCCAAAAGCUUCAGCCUCCGGUACAAGUUAUACUGUCCGUCGUAUGGGAGUCUAUGGCUAUGGCGGCCAUGGUGGCGGCUAUGGUGGCGGCUAUGGAAGCGGCUAUGGUGGCGGCUAUGGUAGCGGCUAUGGUGGCGGUUAUGGUGGCGGUUAUGGUGGAUCUCGAGGCGGCUAUGGAGGAUCUCGAGGCGGCUAUGGAGGAUCUCGAGGCGGCUAUGGCGGAUAUGGUGGUAGCUACGGUGGUUAUGGUGGCAGCUACAGUGGAAAUGGUGGUGGAUAUGGCAAUAGCUACGGUGGAUCUCGCGGCGGCUACGGUGGUUAUGGUGGUAUCGGCGGUGGAUUUGGAGGAUUUGGUAUUGGAGGAUAUGGCUACGGAGGUGGAUAUGGUGGAUACGGAGGAGGAAGUUCAACAGUCAGUAUCCGUAGUGGCUAUGGUUCUAGAGGUGGCCGCAGCUACGGGUACGGGCGCUGAAGUCAGGCUCAUGGGACUGUCCAGUAACGUGUGGACUCCCGCGGUCAGAUCAGGUGGAUAUUAUUCAAGUAAUUUAUGGCGUAAUAGAGACGUAAUUUUCGUUUGUUUACCUCCUUCAAAAUAGGUCACAGUAUGGAGAUAUGAUCACCUGGUCAAUUGUCUUACUUGUCGUGAAUAAAUAUAUGAAUUUAAAAU